AUGACCAUGGGGGGACGCUGUGCGCAACGGACGGCUGGUGUAUUGGAAGCAGCGAUGAGAAGGGAGUAUGAACAGCCCACAGCCCUCAAGAUCCUCCACUACAAGGUCGCCGCCAGGGUUUUCUGCAUAUUCAACGAGCAAGAUUUGCAGAUUGCCCACCUCUCCGAACCGCAUCAACAGCAGCAACACCAUCAACAGGCCAUGCAACCUCACGGCGCUCCCCCCUCACUCCAACCUGGCCCAUCCUCGUCCACUAUCAACAACACAUCCUUCAACUUCGGCGCUAACAACGGCAGCGGACCACCACGGCGGACCUCGUCGGGCAUACAGCCGGGAAUUGGCAUGAGUGGAAUGGGUGGAAGCAUGCGAGCGCCGGGGAAGAGCCUCCUUACGUUCAAGCACAUCCUCAACCGGCUCCAGGGCGAGCUCCAAAAGAGCCGUGAGACGGGGACGGAGCUGCAGAGCCUCAAUGGGACCAUGAGCGAGGAAGCAAUGCCGUUGUCGACGAACGGGGCUCCCACUACGCAUCUGGGGCGCUGA